AUGGAGAGUGCCAAGAGAUCUGCUCAGCAGCGUUACAACGAGCUGCGCAGGCGCCGCGUGCUGAAGGUCCCGGAUGCGACCAAGCCGCUCUUCGUGGCGGCGGCGCAGUACAAGCCCAGCCGGUUCUCAUGGGGAAAGCCCUGCCUGCUGGUGGUGACCGCCACGGCGGUCGUCCUAUUGGAUGUUCAGAACCAAGGGGAGCUGGAGGCGAAGGAUGGGAGCCAUGCGAGCAUCCAGCUGGCGGUCAGGGCCAGCGAGGUGUUCGACAUGCUGCUGGCAGGCGGCAAUGCGCUGCGGCUCGAAUACAAGGGGCCGGGCACACUCAAGGCGCGCGGCGGCCUGGGACUAGGCAGAUUGCU